AUGAACAUCUUGAAAACUCUACUAAUCAAAUGCUCCGUUUUGCCUUAUCCAAUAGAUCGCCAGCAAGCUGAAAAUCUUAAUCAGCAUUACGAGAGAGAAGAUAUCCCAUCAUUGAUUAUUCUGAAACCGAAUUGUGAAAUUCUGACAUCAGAAACUGAUGAAGAAUUAAUAUCAACAAAUGCAAUAGAAAAAUGGACUGAAAGUAAAACGGUAUUUUGGACACCAGAGUCUCGAAACAGUAGUGGACAAGUUUGGUUGGAUAUUUAUUGUCGAACAUGUUAUAUGAAACCAUUGGUGGGUGAACGUUACGGAUGUCCAAAUAGAGAAUGUAGUUAUGAUCUUUGUGCCGAAUGUUAUCACAAAAUUACGAAAGAGAAUGAACAUAAUCACGAAUUAAUUCAUUUUUUAUCACCUAAAAAUAAGUAUUCGAUAGAGCAAUUGCUUGAUUACAGUGACUUGAUAAGUAACCAAAAUGAACGUGUGACAUUAAAAUCAUAUGAAGGAAAAUAUAUAGGUCUUUACUUUUCUGGUCUCUGGUGCCAAACGAAUGAAAACUUUGCUUCGGAUUUAGCACAAGUGUAUGAAAAAGUAAUCGAAAUUAAUUUACCUUUCGACAUUAUCUUCAUCUCGACAGAUAAUAGUCAAAAUAUGUUCAAUAAGCAUUGUCAACAAAUGCCUUGGAAAAUAUUGCCGUUCGAUAAUUAUGUAACCAAACUACGACUGAAGACUUAUUUUUCUGUUAGUAUAUUACCAGCUUUCAUUAUUUUAAAACCCACUGGCGAACUUCUAACAAAGUCUGGUCAACGAGAUAUUAAUAUAAAGAAAAUAGAGGCGAUUCAGACUUGGUGCAAAGAUGAAAAAGUUGAGCAUUCAUCCGACGAUUUUGUUUGGUCAUCAGUAACAUGUGAUGGAUGCGGUAUGAUGCCAUUGAUCGGAAAACGAUUUUAUUGUGAAACAUGUUCAAACUAUGAUAUAUGUACAGCGAGCAAGGAGAAAGGACAUGAACACGAACUCAUUCUUAUUGCACCGCUAGAUGAAAUUGACUAA